CAAUAUUCUCCAUUAGAGGUGCACCAUGGCGUCGGUGGAGGCACACCGCGACCUGGUAGUCGAUGGGGACGUGACGCAGGCGCUGGACAUGUGUCGUCGGCUACUACGCACCGAGAGCAGCCUACAACGCGUGGAGACGGCGCAUCUGGUGCUUGAGCGACUGCGUAGUGGCGCCGACGACUCGAGUGACGAUGUGAACGUGCUGUUGCGGCUUUUGGGCAAUUAUGUGGCGCCCACACGCGAGCUGACGGAGGAGAUCCUGUCGCUUCUGCUAUUCUGCGACCACCGCGUACUGCUAAUCCACCACUUGCCCAAGUUAACAUAUCAGUCGAAGGAGUGCGUACAGUUGGUGGUACAGGCUUAUUUGGAGCUGCUGGCCACCGAUCGAUCAUUGCUGGUGCCUGUGCUUGGAUCAUUGGCGGAGAUGCCGCUGGAUAACAGCGAGAAGAACGCAGUCGUGGAAGCGACACAGUCGCUGCUGGAUGCGGCGGUGGAGGAGGACAUCCCUGCAGUAGUGCAGAGCUUAUUGUCGAUGGUUACCAAGUCGUCGGCUCCCAAGGCGCUCGCUCGAUUACGAACAGAGUGCAACCGCAUCCAAUCAGGGACACUGUCGCUCACGAUGGAAGUUAUCGGACGCUUUGCCACUGCUGGAUCUGUGGCACUCACGGCGCUGCUUCGCUUGGUCAAACAUGCCGAGCCAUUGACGACGUUCGAUAUUGUUUUGUUGACGUUUGUCAUGGGAAAAUCUGCGGAGAAUGAGUUGGCUGUAAGGACAACGACGUCUGUAGCACAAAGUGGUCGAGUUCAUGGUCGGAUGAUGCGUGAAACUGCUGCGAUGCUUGUGAGACCAGAGUGGGAGUACUUACUCCCGUCCUUUGUCCGCUUUUGCAGCUGCCUUCUCGCGGUGUGCUUUCGUUCGUCAACCCAGCCAGCGAUGGCUUUGAAUCUGAUUGCCAGCUCUGUUGAUUCUCUAAUUGUUCUUGUCGAGACCAAGAGCAGUGUGCAGGAAGAGGCCUUGAUUCUCUUAUUGACUAUUGCCAGUCAACCGAAGAAAUUGCUGCUGCUUGGUAACGCUGACUCUGUGCAGCGUACUCGCAGUGCUCUGUGCUGGAAUGUCGCCGAGGUGAUUGCAUUGCGGUUUUCGGAGCUUGCGCGGAGGAAUGCUGGUGCACUGGCAUCAUCCUCUCACUUGUUCCUCGACCAUCUACAUGGAAUUGCUUCUGCUUCAACAGAGUCCGAAGUUGAUGGAAAAUAUCCGUCACAUAUCCUUGAUCUUCUCUGUUCGACUAUGGCGCUGCUGACGAAGAAAGAGCGAGGAAUAUAUUCCCUACUCAUGAUCACCAUUCAAAAGCAACUAGUGUCUCGGGCGGGAGCUUCAGCGUUGGCUCACGACCAGCAAUUUAGACUUCAACGCGGUCGAUCCAGUGCAGUUGAGAUCAAGCAGCUCAUGGCUGUUUUCCUGACUGGACAUUUGCUUAAAAACCAAGUUGUUGUGGAGUCUCGAGACCGGAAAUCGUUAGCGAACUGGAUGUUGCGUCUGUUAACUUCUGCGAAUCGUGACGAGACGCUGUUGCAUGUAAUGCGCUUUGUACGAGACGAGAUGAAUCGGACACGCGAAGUAUCUGCGUUGGAACAAGAGCGCGCUUUGUUAACCUCCGCCAUCUCUCAGGUAUUUCGGAAGAAGGGGUUAUCGUGGACACCGCGCGACCAGGUACUUCAACAAACACAAGAUGGCAAUGACUUUGUCAUAGCAUAUGAAGAUCCCUGUGUUGAUAAAGGAGAACUGACGACUUCUCUGGUUGUGGAUGCCACUGAGUUCGUAAUUAAAAUGCGAUUUGGCACUCCUUCACCUGCAUUCGAAGCCAUGAAUACUCACGAGCGUGACACAACAAGGAGACUGACGGAACAGGAUUAUCUGAUGAAAAUCUGCCUUCUCCGAGAACUUUUCCAUUGUUAUUUGGAGUUUGCGCCUCCAGCCGAACAAACCGAAAUCGUGGAUGCUGCGUUUGUGUUUCCCUCGGCUUAUAGUCUGGUACUGGAUGUCGAAACGUGUGGAUCAGUUGGGCCUUCAGCCUUGAACAACGUUAUCUGGAAUCUUGUCUGUGCUCUAGACAUAGCAGUGACAUCGACAAACUUUGCUGCUGAGCAGUACACGUUAACGAUCGCAAACUCGAAGCCGAAACACGAGUGUAUGGUGCAGUAUUCGCGGAUAUCGACUCGAUUGCGUAUCUGCUUAAAGCUACGUGACCAAUUGGGGCAGAUUUUAGCACAGCAAAAGCGUAAUAUUCAAGAUCGCUUAGAUCAUCUCAGCGACACGUCUAGUUCACGUUCUGAAUUGCGGAAACCUGAGCUCGAAUGGCUGCUGAUGGAGGUUUUAAUCGUCGAGGAAAUGUUUAGUGGGCAGCUUCGUCGAGUGCAAGGAGAACUCCCACGGGCCUCGUUAUUCGGCUUGGACUUUCGUGUGAGCUGUCUGGUUUUUGAGGGACACUGGAGAAGGUUUUUGGAUCCACCACUGUCGCUGUCGUCUGAGCUGCAGUUGCUGCAAGUAUUUGGUCGGCACUUACAGUCUGAUGCUGUGACUUCUUCGAGCUUGGAGUGCGACGUCGUGUCGAGUACAGGUGGGAACCAAAGACUGCUAGUCUCAAAGAGUGAAGGACGCCGGACAGUUAAGUGGUUAUGCCACCGCGCGGUAGAGCUGAGCCGCACAAUCAGCAAUGAGGAGUAUGAUCAGGAUAGUGUUAUGGACGAAGACUUUGAGGCUGACUCCACAGAAACAGCAGCUGCUAAUACUGCGACCAGAAAUCUGAUGGCGCACUGCCUGGCGUGUAUCUACGACGCCUUCAUCGUCAUAUUAGAAGAGUGUCGUAUCGCCUCUGCAGCGGGGGACUCCAGUUGGACGGACCAAAUGCUGAAACUUCUUGCCGUUGGUGCCAGCCCCGACGACGAUUUGUCUAGCUGCACCAACUCUCAUGGGUAUAACGAAAUAUUCUUUCGAUUCUUGGCACGGCAGUGCCUUGAAUUGACGGAUCCGACACUUGCGUGUCUGGUUACUGAUGCAUUGAUGUCUCUUGUGCUGAACACAAGAAAGAGCCCUUUGGUUAGUCAACUUUGUCUUGCUCUGCUGCAUCAAACGUUCCCGUCACUCCCGACUCCAAACCAGUUUGAAAGUGACAUUGGGAAAUUCUUCAACGGGCUACCGUUAAGGUCUCUGCCGAACGCUGUCGUGUCACCGAGCAAUGGUCGUAUGUGUUCGCUGGCGAAGUAUCACUGCGCUUUGAAAUGGCGCCAUAUUGCGUACCUAGUGGUUGGGUCCUGGGCAUACGCGACCUCAGCAUCAGCAGGGUCAUUCCUGCUGGCCCAGUAUCUCGAGGAAAUGCGUGUUCUCAUCGAUGCUGCAGUACCACAUCAGGAUAAAAGAAACCGCAAGAAACACACAGCAAGAAGUGACGAUGAAUCCGAUGAUGAUUUGGAAGAAAAGCGCCGUCAGGAUGAACUCGCUGUGGUUAUGGACGGAAAGCACAUCGUGCUGAAAAGCCUGACACACGAGUCAUUGCCAUAUUUCGUUGAGGCAGUUAUGCUAUGUGCCAUUGCUUCGUUGCAUCGAGCAGCACCGAGGAAACCGAGUUCACAAGGCAUUAGUGAUUUAAAUCCCUUCUCGGAUUACUGCCGGGCGAUGCACGUACUUGAAAGUGUUCUACGAGUAUUCGCGCAGGCUGAAAUGUGCGGAUUUAAUCUACCGGUGAAAACAAACUUGUUGGUACUGCGAGGAGGAACGUUUGCUACACGGACUGCUAAGUCGAUCAUAGCGAAGUGUAUUGCCUGGCGCGUCGAGCAAAGUGUGACUGACAACACCGGCGCACUAAAACAUUUGAGUGUACUAUUUGGUGCUGCCGAUGCGAUGGCAGCAACAAUGGAAACAGUAACAUCGGCCUUCCAGGAGCGAGUGAUGCUUAAAAUGCAGUACAAUGGAAACAGUCGUCGAAAAGGAGGGUGGACCAACGAGUUGCUGGCCAAAGCAUACGGGAAAAAGUACAAUACACGCCGGUGGAUCUCAAAGUCCGAGGCGAAACUGCUGCCGUUCUUUUCUCACGGUAUUCAGGAACUUCAGGACUUCUUGCAAGAUCAAAGUGCGGUGAAUAACAUCGCAUUGGAAACAGCAAAGAUCGACUGGGAGUCUGCGGAAAGUAUUUGGAGCGACUACGAGCAUCGAGAUGUGAUGCUGAGCGACGACAAACUCGUCUCUGCGUGUCGGACUCUCCAGGCAAAGGAGCUCACAGCUGCACUUCUCAAAGAUUGGCGUCCUGCUCUGUCGAUGGACAAUGAUGACGAUGAGACCGAUCUCGAGGACGACGAGGAACUAGAGGAACUUGAUGAGGACUCGCUGUCUGAAGAAGAGGACGAUGGCGCUGAUGGGUUUGUUGUCAAGUCUUACGCACCGAAUGGCAAGGUUGUAACAGGAAGAAAAAAGUCUGCGGUGGGACUGCAGGACAACGAGGACCUGGGAUUUCCGACCAUUGUCGUCAACUUCAAAAAGCAAAAGAAGACGCACAAGAGCUCGUGAUGUUAGUAUUCGAGCCUUCUCUACUCGUCCCACCGUAAACUAUCCGAGUUUCGACAGUUUUUGCUUUUGACGCGAGCGGAAGAUAUCGUGAGCGGGUCGCUUGCUGACCACUCCAGACGCGCCGUCAUCGUCGCCAAGCGCACUAUUCUUUUCAGCUUCAGCAGCUUGUUGCUGAAGCUGUUGUUGGUGCUGAAGUGCUAGUUGCUGUUGCAUCUGCUGCUGUUGUUGUUGCGCCAUCUGCUCAAUGCGCGAACGAGGAGGGAAAUCCACUAGCAGCAUGGCGCGGAAGAUGUGUUCCACAUCAGCGAUCGGCCCGUUCCAGGGCAGAUUCAACGGCAACAUCCCUGCAAACUCCUUCAAGAAAUCAGGCAACGGAGGACCAGGAAUUUGCCUGCACACACACAUAACGUCAGUAUUUAACCUACACGAACACUAGCAAUUAGCCAAAAGAUGGCGCACCUGUCCAUGUCAAUAUUGAAUCCUCCUGCGCCUCCCAUUCCUUCUCCAUCGUCAUCAUCACGAUUGGCUCCAGAGGACCCACCUCGGGACGACGAACGAUACAUGUCGAGGAAAUUCUGAUCACAACUCGUCGGCGGCCGCAAGUCCAGGAAUGAAUACCGGUGGGCAAUACUCAGUAGUCCUUUCAUCUCCACGAAUGGUUCAUCCGGGAACGCCAUGGCCCGCCGAGCUUCCACCUUUGCAACAGUGGCGAGAUCACCACCGCUGGCUACCAUUGUGUGCUCGAACUCAACGUAUCGGUCCCAAAUCGGGCGUGAUACCUCCGACGGCAUGACCGACAACACCUUCUCGAACAAGGACCGCAUAUCUGUAGAGUUUAAAGUCAUUGUCAGGUUUCAAUCCGGCUCACACAACACACUUUGAAGCACUUACUGUUGUCAUCAUUAAGAUGGCCGAGGAAGUCAAGGUAGCACAACACGUAGGCAGGCUCCUGAAUACAUUUCUU